GGAUUCUACCACAGAUCUUACCGCACAAUCAUUCGUUAAAGUACAUAUUCUCCGUAAUGUCGAAGUCUGACAAGUCGAAGAAAAAGGCUGCAAAGCCGGAUGCUGAGCCUCCAGCUGCCAACGGUGGUGUAGCAGACAACGAAAACCCCGCUGUCCUCGAGAAGCCUCCGAAAACGGAAAAGAAGCGGAAGCGGGACGAUGAAGUGGUUGCAGAGGAAGCGAAAUCCAAGAAAUCUAAGAAACAGAAGAAAUCUGAGCCCAAGUCUGCCAAUAACGAUGCUGUCACAGAGCCAGCCUCAAGCAAGAAAGACACGGAGGCGACACCCAUGGACGUAGACACCGAGACUGUCGCCCCGGCUGGUCAGAAUGAUGAUAGCAAGGAGAGGAAGAAGGAAUCUAAAAAGGGGCGGAAGUCAAAGAAGGCCAAGGUAGAUCAAGAAGCUCAAGAAGCUGCCCAACAGUCGGCAUCCGCAGAUGGCCAAGAAGAGAAGGCUGCGGACAUUGCGACAGAGGCUGUGCAGAAGGACCCAGAAGCAAAGAAGUCCAAGAAGAAGUCCAAGAAGAACAAGGAAGCAGCCGCAAAUCAGGUACCGGUGCAAGGCGACUCUGAAAACGGUGCUGCUGGCGAGUCCACCAAUGGAGCGGCGGAAGGAGCCACGUCCGGAAAGAAAAAUCGCUUCACAGUCUUCGUUGGCAACCUACCCUUCUCUGCCACGAAGGGACAACUCCAAGCGCACUUCGAGAAGCUUGCGCCGAAGGACAUACGUAUCAUGACGGAUAAGCAGACGAAGAAGCCGAAAGGAUUCGCUUUCAUAGAUUUCGAGAACUUCGAUCGUAUGGAAACAUGUUUGAAGAAGUUCAAUCACUCCAUCUUCCCGGACGGUAAGAAGGGAAGGAAGAUUAAUGUGGAAUUGACUGCCGGAGGUGGAGGCAAUUCCGAAUACCGCAAGGAGAAAUUGCAGUCGAAGAAUGCGAAACUUCAGGAAGAGCGUCAGCGCGAGCGAGAGAAGCGCGAGGAGAUAGAGGCAAAGCAGGCGGAACGCAAGAAGAAGAAGGAAAGCAUGCAGAAGAAGGGCAAGAAGGGAGGGAAGGAGGGCGAAGCCGCCAAAGACGGGGCGGAGCCCGUCAAGCAGCCAGAGGCGCAUGGUGGGAUGCACCCAAGUCGACUGGCGUUGAUGCAAGAACCUGAACGGCCGAAGUUCCAGCAUAGGCAGCGGUUCUGAUGUCUCUGCUUUGGCGAGGUUCCAUUGACUCGUUUUGUCAAGGUCGAAUCAGUGCAUUUACUAGGCGUUGGGUAUGGGAGGGUGGUAUGCUUGUUCGCCGAUAAAUCUGGCAAUCUGGUUGUUAGAUUCUCAGGGAAACGGCAUGCAGGGAUUUGAUGCAGUUAUGGCACUACAUCCACUGGUUAUGGCCUUUGCGAAUAUAUUCGCAUGUCCCUCCCGCCAUUCUCGGCUCGGACCGAAGCGGGUCUGGCGGAUGGCCGCUUAUUAGUCACUAUCAAUGUUCAACUGUA